GGCGGGCGGCGGACGACGUUCGUCACUUGGUGCGGGAGGGAGCGCGAGAGCGGCGGUCGAGCCUCCGGUGUCCCAGGCUAGCGGUGAGCAUGGCGGAACAGGAGCCCACUGCCGAGCAGCUUGCCCAGAUAGCGGCCGAGAAUGAGGAAGAUGAGCACUCUGUCAACUACAAGCCCCCAGCCCAGAAGAGCAUCCAGGAGAUCCAGGAACUGGACAAGGAUGACGAGAGCCUUCGGAAGUACAAGGAGGCCCUGCUGGGCCGAGUGGCUGUCUCUGCAGACCCCAACGUCCCCAACGUCAUUGUGACCCGCCUGACCUUGGUGUGCAGCUCUUCCCCGGGCCCUCUGGAACUGGACCUGACAGGUGAUCUGGAGAGCUUCAAGAAACAGUCAUUUGUGUUGAAGGAAGGUGUGGAGUACCGGAUAAAAAUCUCUUUCCGGGUGAACAGAGAGAUCGUGUCAGGCAUGAAGUACAUCCAGCACACAUACAGGAAAGGGGUCAAAAUUGACAAGACUGACUACAUGGUCGGGAGCUACGGACCCCGGGCUGAGGAGUACGAGUUCCUCACACCCAUGGAGGAGGCCCCCAAAGGCAUGCUGGCGCGGGGCAGUUACAACAUCAAGUCCCGCUUCACAGACGACGACAAGACUGACCACCUGUCCUGGGAGUGGAACCUCACCAUCAAAAAGGAAUGGAAGGACUAAGUUCCAGCUGGGAGGCGGGCAGGGCGACGGACAGACAGAAGGACCGACAUGCCCCACCCCAAACCCCUACCCCCCCCAAACCAAAGUGCUGACAGGACCCUCCCUCACCAUUCCUCCCUGGUCCUCU